AUGACAGAUUUGGGAGUCAUGACAUACUUCCUUGGCAUGGAAGUGAACCAAUCUGAUCAAGGCAUCUUCAUUAGCCAACAUGCCUUUGCUUUGAAGAUUCUCAACAGAUUUUGCAUGUCUAAUUGCAAAAUAGUCAGCACACCAGUGGCUCAAGGGGAGAAGCUGGCUAGUUAUGGGAAUCAAGAAAGGGUUGAUGAGAAGGAAUAUCGAAGCUUGGUAGGUUGUUUGCUUUACUUAACAACUACUAGGCCUGAUAUUAUGUAUGCUGUUAGCUUACUAUCCAAAUUCAUGCAUUGCUAUCAUGUUGUCCAUUUUAAAGCAGCAAAAAGAGUUCUCAAAUAUUUGAAGGGAACUUUAAAUCAUAGAGUAAUUUUUGAGAAGGCAAAAGAGCUGAAAUUGAUAAGGUAUUCAGAUAGUGAUUGGGUAGGGUCCAUUAAUGACAUGAAAAGCACCUCUGGAUACUUUUUUACUCUUGGCUCGGGAGUUUUCUGUUGGAGUUCAAAGAAGCAACAAACUGUUGCUCAAUCUACAGCUAAAGCAGAAUACAUUGCAGCAGCUGCAGCUGUUAAUCAAGCCAUUUGGCUUAGGAAACUUUUGUGUGACUUGAAUGAAGAACAAGUUGAAGCAACUGAGAUCAGGGUUGAUAAUCAGUUAGCAGUCACUAUAGCUAAAAAUCUCUUUUUUCAUGGCAAGAUGAAACAUUUUAAGAUUAAAUUCCAUUUUGUUUGA